CCUGCAUACAUCCGUCGGAUUCUCCACCCCACUGUUUGCAAACCCAUUGAGCACAGCUCAAAAGCUGCUGGUCGAAUACCAGUGAAAGGAACACUCUGGCUUGUCUUCGCUUGCUAUACUGUGAUUUCUGCAGGGUGCCAGCACGGCAGGAUAUCUGUCCAGAGAAGGGCAUUGCAUACUGGGUUAGGAGCUAGGUGUGGACCCCACUCCCAGACCCUCCAGGUUCCUAUAUUUGAGUUAUUGUGCCAUGGCCUCUAAGUCACAUCCUCCUCUAAUGAAGAAACACAGUCAGUCAGAUCUGGUGAGCCGGCUGAAGACCAGGAAGAUACUGGGGGUCGGAGGAGAGGACGACGAUGGAGAGGUGCAUAGGUCAAAGCUCAGUCAGAUGCUGGGGAAUGACAUCAAGUAUCAGGUGCGAGAGCCUGUUGGACUAAGGCUCUGGAUCGCCAUCUCUGCGUUUGCCUUCACAGUUAUGGCCUUGAUGGCCCUGGUGUGUCCCAACCAGCUCUAUGAGGUGGUGUUUGAAGAAGAGAUCAGCAACACCAGCAUCUCCAUCAGGCUCUAUGGAGGAGCACUACUCAGUCUAUCCCUCAUCUUGUGGAAUGGUGUGUAUACACAGGAGAAGGUUAUCAUUCAAUGGACUCUGCUCAGUGAGGCAUGCUACUUUGCUGUCCAGUUUUUAGUUACGUCUGUCACCCUGGUGGAGAUGGGCUCGUUGCCCAACGCUGCCGUACUCCUCCUCCUCAGCCGGGUGCUCUUCCUCCUGGUCACUCUCUUCUAUUACUACCACCUGGGGAGAGGACGAGCCAAGAAGAUCUGAGAUGGAGGGGAGGAGAGAGGACGACCCAAGAUGAUCUGAGAUGGAGGGAGGGGAGGACAGAGGACGACCCAAGAAGAUCUGAGAUGGA